AUGGAUCACAAAGAUCUCAAGAUUGUCGCGGUAUUGUCAUUUCCGGUGGCAGUGGUAUCGGAAAGACUUAUAGGAUUCGAAGUCAAAAAUUUUAUCAUCAAUGACGAAAGGACCCAAACACAAACAAAUCAUCUGAAUGCAACUUUCGAACAUUUAUAUAUUGACAUGAAUGAGAUAAAAAAUUUUCUUGGAGACGGACUCGACUACAAACCUGAAGAGACAUUUCCACAAUUUAUCCUUCGUAUGCAUUACAUCACCUAUGUCCUUGCAUUUCGUACUGGUAUGUCCCUCACCAUUUAUGAUAUUUAUGGUGGGUGUGCUAUAGGUUCAGAUGAAGUUUUAGACUGUGAAAUUGAUGUUCAACAACCAGUUGAGUACCAUGUGCAUGCAAGCUUGAUACCUGGAACAGCUGGCCAAUGCAACAGCUUAAUCAGAUCUGGAUUGUUGGACAGAAAAUUAGUUCCAGUGGCUUGUUCAAAUAAGAGGGGAUAUCAAGAAAUUGAUGUCACAUCAGUUUAUCUGAACAUCGAGUUCAUACAAAUUCUACGGGAAAAAAGGCUAGUGCUAUUGGGUGCAAACAAUUUGUACUUGUCACACCGAAACAAUCGACGAAGAGGACAUCCCGGAAAUUGUGUUGUUGUAGCCGGAAAAGAUUUAGUUGAUUUAUUAGUCUUUAUGCAGAUGUUGUCGCCAGGAUUGCCAUGA